UUCCUGUUUGUCUUUUGAAAACGGAGGAAGCCUAGACAGCCAAGCCAGCAGGAGAGAAGAUGGAGGAGGUGCAACUUCAAUCGCUGCCUUGGGUCUUAUUUCUCCCACAGCAACAAAAGCAGGAGCGAAUCCUCCCUUCUUUGGGGAGAUAAGCCCUCUUGGCCGAGGCGGGGCCUUUGCCUUUCCCCCGCCUUGAUUAUUUAAGGCCAGACGUCCUGUCCUUGCGCAGGGCCGGUUGGAAGGAAGGCCUUGGUGAGGAAUGUCGUUGAGAUGGAUUCAUCUUUUUCAACAAAAUUUCUGGAGGUGGACGUGAAGGUGACUGACAUAUACUACCACCCAAAUGAAGUUCUUGUGAAAUUUCAAGGGCAGUAUUACACAGAAUGUGAGCUUGACUACCACAUACUGCAAAGUGAAAUUCAGCAAGUGCCAAAGGUGAAAGACAGCAUUGGCAUUGGUGAGGCUUGUUUAGUCGAAGACCCAAGUUCUGGAGAAUGGUCCAGGGGAAGAGUAGUACAAAAAAAGAUCUAUAUCUAUGAAGUAUUUCUGAUAGACAGUGGGAAAGUAUUGACAGUUCAUGAAACUCAUAUUGCUUCUGCCACUGAUGAGCUGUUUCAACUGCCUCCAAAGAUGGUUUUGGGCAUUUUUGCAAAUGUGCUACCAGUUGAUGAGAAAUGGACUCCAAAAGCUUUGAAUUACUUUUCGGCAUUCAGAAACAUGCGAAUUAAAGGCCAAAUACAAGCCAUUCUUCCACAUCAAACAUUUCUCCUCGAUGUGCCCAAAAUAACAAAUGAUGUUGUUGACCUGAAAUUGGGAAAAGUUGUUGAUGGAGAUACAUUCUGCCUUAUUGUAGAAAUGUUAACAGAAUUUCCAAAGGAGUCUCUUUGUAAACAAAUGCCAGAUCUUCUGCAGCAGAAAUACACAAAGCCAGACUCUGUAUUAUUCAGUGCUGGAACUGAACCAGAACAAAUUCUGCAAAGUCUUCAGCCACUCUUAUCUGUUGAUAAGAUGGAGAAAGUAAAAAUAACUGUGGCAGUUAGUCCAAGUAAAUUUUACUGCCAGUUGCUGAGAAAGAAGGUGGAUCUGGAUAUGUUGGCAACACGCAUGUCUUCCUUUUAUGAAUUUGUUAACACAGAAAACGUUCUCUCCUUUGAGAGUCUUGGAGUCCUUUGUGCAGCAAGAAGAAAAAAUGGUCAGUGGCACAGAGGGGUGAUACAGCAGCUACUUCCUGAUAACAAAGUGAAGGUGUGGUUUAUGGAUUUUGGCAGCUGUGAAGCUAUAUCACCCAGUCACAUUUUGAAGCUUCAACCAGAAUUCAAUUCUAUGCCUGGGUUUUCAUUCGCUUGUGCACUCUCGUGUCUCAACGAUCAGGAAGAAACUGUAAGACAUAAUCAACUAGAAAUUUUUAAGGAGACACUGUUAAGGCAAAGUCCUAUUUAUGUCCAGAUUGAUCUUUUCAAUGAUGAGGAAUGCUUGUAUUAUGUUACAUUGCAUAAGCACUCUAUAGUGAAUACUGAACACCUGCCUCAGGAAGAUGAUGUGGUCCCACAGUGUUGUCCUGUUAACAAGGAACCUUUUUACACAUGCAGGGACACAACUUCUGGGGCCAGUAUGGCAUUUUCUGAAUGUAGUUUCAGGAAUACGUUAGAGUCAGGACAUUCUUCAGAUGAAAGGGUCUCUCCUUUAGUAUGCUGGCCUUCAAAAAUACCUUUCAAAACAACAGAAAUGGAAAUAGAUUCUAUCUGUCUUGCUUUUACAGUGCAUGUUUUGAAUCCAUCAAGAUUCUGGGUUCGAACUAAUGAUUGUCGAGAUUCAUUUGAAGCCUUGAUGAAAAAAAUAGCAGAUGCAUAUGAUGUAGAUGAAACUGAUGAUAAGAUUUUGAAAAACCCAGAACCUGGAAAGCUGUGCUGUGCCCGGUCUGGUCAAGAUAAGCAUUUCUACAGGGCUGUUAUCGUAGAAGUGAAAAACAGAAGUGUUGCCGUUGGUUUUUUGGAUUUUGGGAAUACUGAAAUAGUGCCUCUUUGUGAUGUGAGAAUUUUGCUCCCUGAGCUUCAGGAAUUACCAGCUUUAGCUAUAUAUUGUUCACUUGCUAAUGCAUUGCCAAUUGAAGACGUGUGGCUGAAUAAAGAUAGCAACUUUUUUGAAAACAUUGUGGCAGGCAAAGUACUCAGACUCCACCCCACUGCAAAAAAAGAAAAUCAGUACAUUGUCCAUGUACAGUGUGAGAAUGGCCCAGAGCAAGGUGAUGUUCUCCAACUUAUGGUUCAGGCUGGACAUGCAGGAUGUUGGGAAAUAAAACAAGAUCCACUGCUGAAAGUAAUCAGUGUUUACACAGAACAUAAAACUGAAAGAGCAAAUAUUAAAUCUUGUACUCAGGAGAACAAAAUUGUGACAUGUAACAAUGCUGGUCAGAAUAAGAAAUUAUUGAAGAUUCAUCAUGUUAUAAAAGAGUCUGGUUUUAGUUCAAUGCAGACAGAAAGCUCACUUUUCAAUAAAUGUGAAAUAACAUUUGAGAAAACUGACAUCCAGAAGACUUAUAAGGUGUUUACAUUUGAACCGGGAACUGUACUUGAUGUGGUGUGUUCUCAUAGUUUUUCUCCAGGUCACUUUUCAUGUCAGAUCAAGAAUAAAUUGCCAGAGCUAAAUAACUUGAUGGAGCGAAUUCAACUUUAUUAUAAUGCUCAAAACACCCCAUAUGAAAAUGGACACAUUGCCUGUGUUGUGAAACAUUCUCAGAAUGGAAAGUGGUACAGAGCUGCAGUAUUGAAACAUUUAUCAACAACUGAAGUUAAUGUUUUAUUCGUAGACUAUGGCAACUGUGAAAAGGUUUUGCUGAAAGACCUUCGAGCUAUUAUUCCAGAUUUUCUGACACUGGAAAGUCAAACAUUCACAUGUUGUCCUAAUAUAGUCGCUAAAUCCUUAAUCUUUGACCCAUUCAGCUGGUCUGAGAAGGCAUAUAGUGAUUUCCAACAUUUUAUCUCAUCUUCCAAUGAGCUACUGACUUGUACAAUUACUGCACUAAUUGUGAAGAGUCCUCAUUAUCUAUAUUAUGUGGUUGAGUUGCGGACUCCAUUUACUAGUUUACAGCAGUUUCUCUUAGAACGUGGUCACAUACAAUUUGACUCUUUUGAAUUUGCAAGAUCACUCACACCAUUUCUCUCUUUGCAUAGUUUCUACUAUUCACUUUUUAAUAUAAAAAUUGGAAAUGAAGAGGAGGUGUGUGUGAGCCAUAUAUGCAGCCCUACAGAAUUCUAUUGCCAGCUUACUAGAAAUGCAGAGGAUAUAGACAAGCUGUUGAAAAAAGUUACAGAGAUUAUCCAAAUGACAAAUCGUACAGACGAAAUAAGCACUAAGAUAUGCUUGGCCAAGUACUUUGAAGAUGGCCUCUUCUACAGAGCUUUAGCAUUUCCCGUGGAAUCAUCAGAUUACUAUCAAGUUUACUUUGUGGACUUUGGGAAUAAACAGUUAGUAGCCAAAAAUGAAUUGGUUGCUAUUCCAGAACAUGCUUCAGAAUUAUUCUUCACCCCUAUGCAAGCUAUUCGGUGUUAUCUGUCAGAUUUAAAAGAUAUAGAAAUCCCACUUGAAAUAAACAAGUGGUUUGAAAAGAAUUACUUGGGGGAAAAUCUGAAAGCAGUGAUAGUGUCUAAAGAUUCUGAUGGGCAGCUUGCUGUGGAAUUGUAUGAUAGAGAUCUACAAAUAAAUAGGAAGAUAAAAGAAUUAUUAAAGCAAAAUAAGUGUAACAAGGACCUAAAAGUUAUAAGCAAGGGUAGAGAGAAAUCAGCCAUGAAGAAGAAAAUUAUACCUGAAGUAAAGUUAAAUGAAGAUCGAGCAAAUGUUAAAAAUAAAGUUAAAAUGAACAGAAGUUCAGAAAACAAUGCAAGUGGUGAGAAAUUCUAUAAAUCUGGAAAAGAAAUCCUUGUUCUUCAGAAACAGCCAGUAAGGCUCCCACUAAAAUCAAAAAAGGCAGAAAUGCUGAUUCAAGGAGUUAAUCGCCCUAAUAAGAAAUUAGAUGUGCAUGAAAAUAAGACGACUGAAUCACUUGUACUGCCAUUAAGCUCGCCUAAACAAGAAAGGAGUAGCGCUUGUAGGGAAAAGUACUCCAAUCUUAAGCAACAUCCUAUUAAAGCAAAUUCCAAAAUUUUAGGUUACAUUUCCUUUGUAACAAAUCCAUUAAGUUUCUAUGUUCAUUGUGCAGAGCAUGAAGAUAUGAUUGUGAACCUUGCUGAGAAACUGAAUGAAGGCAUGCUGACUCUAGAACCAGAGACAGUUGCUGAUCUUGAGAUAGGUGAUGUUGUUUUAGCACAGUAUGAACUUGACUGUUGCAUAUAUAGAGCUGUUGUUAAAGAGAUUAAAUCAGAAGAGUGUUUUGAAAUAGAGUUUAUUGAUUAUGGUAACACAUCAACAGUGAAUUCAUCAAAAAUCUACAAGAUGGAAAAGGAUUUUUUAAAAUUUCCAAGACUCAGUAUACAUUGUUUUCUUAGCAAAGCCAAAGAUAAAAGUUGGAGUAGGGAUGCUGCUGCCUACUUGUCCAGUAAAAUAGAUGAUCAGCUGCUUGUGUUUGAGUUUUUGCAACAGCAUGACCAGCAGUGGGAGAUCAAUGUGUUCUGUAACGGUGUAUCUAUAAUAAGUGAGUUAAUGCAAAGAGAGGUCAGCAUAAAUUUAGAGAAAAUACCUGUGAUAAGUCAUCAUCAGAUCUCAUCACAGCCUUUAAUAUCAGGUGCUGAUAUUUGUAAAAAUUGCCCAGCUGAAAAAACAGAACAUGAAAAUAUGUGGCAAAGUCUGUCUCAAAUUCCCUACCAAAAAAUAAAACCUGGACAGAAAGAAAUAGGCGAAAUACAGUAUAUGUCAAGAAAUGGAAACUUCUAUGUAAUAUUGAAUAAGGAUGCACAAAUACUUGUUGAUUUAAGUGUGAUGGCUGCUCAGGAAGCUAGAAAGAACUUUUCAGUUGCAGUAGAAAAUAUUGCAGAAGGAUUAGAAUGCCUGACAAAAUCUCAGGAAACCUUGAAAUGGUAUCGCUCUGUAGUUGUUAAAAAAAUUUCAAAUCAGCAUAUGUUGGUAUUUUUCAUGGAUUUGGGAAAACUUGAAAUUGUGUCAAUACAUGAUGUACGGAUGCUGAGUGGCAAGACCAGAAGUGUUCCAAGGAAUGCGGUGCUUUGCAAAUGGAUUUGGAUAGAAAAUGUGGGCAGUCUGUUUUAUGAGACUAUGGCAUCAAUUUUAAAACAGCAUAUUAUAAAGUUCCUAUUUCUUAAAUACCUCGAAUUGGCUUCUAUUUGGGAAGUAGAUAUUUUAAUAGAUGAGAUUCUGCUUUUGGAAUAUUGGAGUCAACACUUUUUGCAUAACUCUUUAGAGAGAUCCAAUAUAUCAGAAAAUUUACUGAUAGAUAAAACAGUGCCAGAAUUAUCAUUCAGACCACAUUCAGUUGUGUGGACAUCAUUCCAGACGAAUAGACAGUAUGCUGGAUUUAUCACAUCAGUCACUGACCCCUCAGACUUCUACAUUAAAUUAGAAGAUUCCUUUAAAGAUUUGCACACAUUGUUUAUGCUACUGUCCAGCCUUCCAGAAAACCUGCCACCAAUGCCAGAGAAGUUCAUUGUUCCUGGUGCCUGCUGCUUGAUGAAAACUGAGGCUAAUGCAGAAUGGAACAGAGUUGAAGUUUUUGAGAUCUCCAGAGUUUCCAAUAUGUUAAUACUUACUUUUGUUGAUGAUGGAUUAUCAGGUUCCAUUCCUAUCUCUGAUAUCCACAAGUUGAAAAUUAUCCCAGAAAAGCUGCUUAGCUUACCACGAUUAACUUAUCCUUCUUGUUUGUUUAGAGUGUCACCUGCUGGUGGAAAUAAUUGGAAUUAUGAUGCAAAACUUAAAUUUCUAGAAUUCUUGAGGAGAAAAGAUCUCACAUUCCAGUUCAGAAGGCACCACCAUGGACUAAAACUAGGGGUAGAUGUUUUCUGUGAGCAAGACAAUGCAGCAGACACAUUGGUUUCUUCUGGUUGUGCAGUGUAUACCACAACAGAUUCUUUUGAGUCAAUUCAUUGUUCAAACACUGGCUUCUUGAACUCACAAAAUCUUUGUGACCUGUCUCAGGCAUCUGAUCAGAAGAACUCUAAUGCAGGAAGUUUAUUGUCAAAUCUACAAAAACUAGAUUUGCCUUUCAAAAGUGUUGGUGAUGACAUUUCAAGAAAGAAUCCUUCCAAAAAACAACGUUCCAAGAAAAAAAGAGACCAGAAGACAUUUCCUUGUGAUUACAGAAUAAAUGAUGGAAUUUGGUUUAAUUUUGACAAAGGGGUAUUUGACCAUCUUUGUAACAGAAAACAAACUGCUGUUUCUGAGCUGACUACCAAGAUUGCGAAGAUACAGGUUCACGAAGAGAGCCAAACACACAAAUACUUAAUGAGAGAGGAAUCGAUCCAAGUGCCUGCAGACAGGUCCUCUGGAAGUUUUUAUUUCUGAACACUACCUUAGAAAUUAAACAUAAACAAUUUCAGGUAAAAACCUGGUUGAAAGGAUUUGCAGUAUUGGAAACAAGUAAUCGUUUUGGACAUCAGUCAACUAAUCAACUGUUUUACAGGGAAAAAUGCCAGUGUUUGCUAUGUAAAUAUUCCAGCAUACUCAAUAAGAUUUUAAGAAAAAAAUCUAUGAACUUGAAAUCUCAAUGAAGUAUUGCUACCAGUUUUUCUUCCAUUGUAUUGAAUCCUUUCUGACUUAAUUGUGCUGUUUAUCAGUUUGUUGAAUAUUGAUUAGUUUUUGAAAUAAUAGAGGAAGGGAAUGCUAUAUUUGUUUCUUACUGCCUCCUGUGAUAUUGGUGGACAUAGGCUAAUCUUUUUUUAAAUCCCUAAUGAUGGUUGGUCAUUGUCUAUACUUUUAAAAAUGGACAAUAACAAUCAACUAGUUUAUGAAACACGCCACUAAAUUGUACUUGUUAGAUAUACUGUGAUAGGCUGUUGCUGAAGAUGGAAUUGCUUGUACAUAAGACUACAUAAGAAAUGCAGUAGUAAGAGAAGCAACAGCCUGUGUCUUGAUUCCUGAGAUUUUUGGAUUUUUUAAGCACAGUUGUAUACUCUUAAAUACUCUCCUGCAUUAAGAACGUAGUCCCAUGCCUUACAAAAUGUCAUGACGUAAUUGAUCUGAUACAAUUUAACUACAGUAUUUAAAUCUUUUGACUCCUAUUAACAAGUAAUUUUAUUGCUUGUUUUAAAUUUAUUGUUAGUCACCAUUGUUCCCUGUAUUGGGGGAAAGGUGAGAUAAAAAUAAAGUCAAUAAAUAAAAUUACUGUAAAAUACAGAUCAAGUUACAAAUUCUCACAUGUUUUGACAUUUUUAACAUUCCCCUUCUCAGGUGACUAGGAAUAAUCACAUAUUAACUGAGUACAGAUAUUAAAAAUCUAGCUACAAAACAUUAAUAUACAUGAAUGUAAUAUAUGUUGAUAUGUUUAUCAGUAAGAUAUUUGAUAUAUCUUGUAUACUAGGACAAAGUUUCUCUAAAUUAUCCAGCACAUUUUAUUGCAUAUGUGUCAUAUGGAGUUUAUAUAUUUAGUUAUAAGAGAGGCCAGUGCUGAAUGUUCAUAAAGGCAUUUUAUGUGCUCCCAUAAAUGGUAAUUUUGUAAAUGUUAGACAUUCAUUUAUUUGUUUACUAUUUGAUUGUCUUUGUGGAUUUGUCCACAACUACAUUUGAAAGGGGAAGUGCCGCUUAAGGCUUGAUAGAUUUCUGUUUGAAAACACCCCCAUCCUGAGCUUAUUAGAGCUGGUUUAUUUUUAUUUAUGUUAUGUAUUUACUUUAUUUUUUUAUCUUGAUUUUCUCCUGAUACAGGGAUUCAUGGCAGCUAGCAAUAAAUGUAAAAUAAAAAUGGCAAUUAAAUAGUUUUCAGCAAUCCUACACACAAAUGUGAUUCAUAUACCUAUCUAAGGACCUCAUCACAAAGGCCCAUGAAUUUGCCUUACAUUGUAGCGAAUCCACGGGGUCCCAGUGGAGGGCGUGGAGAACCCGUUGCUCCAUGCCCCACAUUGUUCAACUUACCCCAACCCCCAUCUCAUGGCGAUGAACGUUGCUUCCUGGCUUCUCCCCAUUGCCUUGAAGGCAACACGGGAAGCUUCCGUGUUGCUGCGGCAGCGGCAUUUGCCCCGUGUGCUACCCUUUCCCAACAGAGCCUGGCCAGAAGUACACGUGCAUUAUGUAAUGGGCUUUGUCCUGAAAGGAGAGAGCAAGCAGCAUACGAAGGGCAAAGUAGCCUAUCUAAUGAGGUGGUAAAUCUACAUAACUCAUUGACUUGUGAUGCAUCUAUCUAAAUCAUAAUAUCACUGACCUGUUGUCACAGACAGAACGCCACCAGAUAAAGUUCAACACAGUUUAUUAAAGUUACAGAACUAAAAAGUGCCCGUAUGAAACAAAGGACUAGGCAAACACUUGCCUUCAGUGUAAAAGAUACACAAAAAAGACUCCGCUAAUACCUAAAGCGGUUCAAAAGAUAAACCGGAUUAAAUGGGAGUUUAAUCCGGGUUAAACAGAAAAUGCUUACUUCAGCCCGGCAAUUUAAACAAACAAAAGUUGAUAAAGACUCAAAGAAACAUAAAAAGCUGGCAGCAGAUUCCUCUCUGCUACUCGAAAGCUGCAAAUGAGUAACUAAGGUUGUUACUCCUCCGUGCAACAAACGGGAUCCGGAUCCAAGCACAUCAAUCAGGGUAGCAACGGUCAGCAGGGUCCCAGUCCGGUCCGAGGUCGAAAGCCAGGUACAGAGGUCUUUAAUUCACCAAUUCCACCGAAAGCCACAGAAGGGGUAGUCCGAGGUCGUAGUCAGUCAGUCCGUCCAGCGUCAAUCCAGAGUAGGCAAUUAAUGUCCGUCAAGAAGACGACGGAGGUCCAAGCUAAUAAGAUUAAACACAGGUUGCACAACAAAAGCCCACACAGUUCCUCCCGCCGUCUAUGCCCAGUGUCCUUGGUAACUUACGUAUUCAGCAAGCGAAACACACCCGUCUUCAGGAAAUUCCCAACAAGAGCCCAAGCGUUCGUCCAGAUUACCUUGCCCAACGCAAUUAGCCCUGGAUUCAAAACCCCAUUUUAUGCCAGUUUACAACUCCUCAUCGCUGUCAGCUGUUACCCUAAUUCCAGGUGCCUCAUCAUCCUCAUCAGAGCUAAAACACCUUUGACUACGCCCCACAGCAUCCCCAGCUGUGGAUCCCGUUCCAUCCCUCCAACUUGUCCACGGAUCCGAUCCUGCAACCCGCCAGUCGCCUCCCACACUACCAUUGCCGGUGAGACCCAAAUCCUCCCUCACACGAGUCCAUUCCAUGUCAUCCUCCUCUGAGCUAACCACCUCUUCCUCCAUUCCCUCGGUAAAACCCUCAAAGGAGUCUUCGUCUGUUGGUUCUGCAAAUAAGUCCCGCAGCCGUUUCCUUUCUCGCUCCUCAAGAGAGUCUGACUCUCGAGGAGUCUUACGACCACGUCUCCCAGUAUCGGAGCCAUAAGGCUCAACCAUAACACCUGUUUUAAGCAGUGCCUCGAAAUGAUGAAUAGAAACUGUUAAUUCUGACAGUUGUAUUUCAUCUGUAGGGCUUCCCAUGCAACAAAUCUUAACACCAAAGAAGAAUAUGGGCAUUUGGUUUUUGUUUAAACUUCCUGUAUAAACUCAAACUGUGUACUGGUAUAAUCUCAUAUGACUUGAAAAAUUCUGCUGUAGCUGAAUGUCAAUUUUAAAAAAUGUAUUAGGACACAAUUGAAUGUAUAAAAGCAUUAGUACAUAGUACUAAAAUAUUUAUGUUUAGCCUUUAUAGCUCUGCUUAAAUAAAAACAUGUUCUAAUUUUAA